UGAUUAUUAACAGUUUUUAAUUGAUAAAAUAAGAUACAUACAAUUAUCGUUGUGUGUGUAUAUACAUAUACAUAUGUAGUAGUGUUGUUAUGGAAACAAGUUCAGGCAAACUUUUUGACAGAAAACGUUUUAUACGGAUAUCCUUUAAGGAUUUAUUUUACCUAACAUUUGUAUAAUUUAAUAUGGAAAAAUUACCACUUAUACCAGGAUAUACGAUCCAUGAUUCCACUAUUACAGAUUAUAGACUGAUACAAAAAUUUCGCUUUUUAAAUGGUUAUCGUGUAGUACGUGAUAGGAAUGUUGGCAUUGGAGGAAGACCAAUAGAUGUUGCAUCUUCCGCAUAUAUAAAAGAAGAGGAUUCCACACACUAUGAUCCAUCGCUAACAUACGGCCGGGUAAAAGAGUACGCAUAUCGACAAUUUAUUCCACAUUAUGCGCUGUUCGCGCAUAAAUGUCUCUGCUUCAAAGCAUUUUUUCGUCAGGGGGUCUUCAAUUCUCCAGAUGAACAUUUUCGUAUACGUUAUGUGAAUAUAAUCUAUUUUUUGGAGGAUGAUACGUUAUGCGUAAUGGAGCCUCCAAUAGAUAAUGCUGGUUUUAAACAAGGAAAACUUGUCAGACGUGAAAAAAUUGUAAAAAAUACAACGGGAGAUACGUUUCAUUGGAAAGAUUUUAACGUUGGAAUUGACGUAUGUAUUUACGGUGUAAUUUAUCAUAUUAUCGAUUGUGAUCUAUUUACUAAAGAAUUUUUAAACAGUCAAGGGAUUGAUGUCGGGGACAAGGAAGAACCACCUGUGGAUCCAUACACGGAAUUUCGUGUAUGCAAGCAGAAAAAACCGACGCAUAUCACACAGAUUCCAGAUGAUACCAGACGACGAUUUUUAGAGUAUGAUAAAAUGGUAUUAUCGUUUACUGCCACUUGGAACGACGACGUUUAUGGUAUAGCGUACUUCUUAACGGACGACACAAUAGCCAUUCGCGAAAUACAAAAGCCAAAUAGCGGAAAGGACCCGGUACCAAUGUUAUUGAAACGAAUGAAAGUACCAAAAGAUUGGAAAAAUUUACCACCAUCUUAUCCUGCUGUAUACCUUGAACGAGGGGAUCCUGAAGUAGUUGAAUAUUAUACACCAAAAGAUUUUAUAAUUGGUGAGACGGUUUUUAUAUUUAGUCGACGCUUUCUUUUGCACGAUUGUGACCCUUUCACUAGAAAGUAUUAUUCAGACAUGUUGGGAAUAACGCAACCAAAAGGGAUACCUAUUCCAAGCAAAGAAGUUCUAUCGCCACCGGAAUAUAAACCUCCACCGCAUAUUAAGUUCGGUACACCUGAAGAUACUUACGCCGGUUGUUUGUCAUUGAUCCCUAAACCGCCUAAAAAAGAUGUCAUUCGACAACUAAUUAAUUUCCCGAAAAAAUUACGCUACUCAAUGCAGAUGGACGCGGUACAUCCGGAAGACAGGAACCGCGACUUUAUUUUAGAAUACAGUUUAAGCGACGGUACGAUCCUUGUACAUGAACUUGAGAAACGUAAUUCAGGACGUCGCGAGGGUUGCUUUCUAAAAGCAACGUUAGUUGCUAAACCGAAUACCGGAAGAGACAAUCCGGAAUAUUAUACUCCUCAAGAUUUUUUCAUAGGAGCAAGACUUAAUAUUUUUAAUCAUUAUUUCAUCAUACGCGGCGCUGAUCUUUUCGUAUACCGUUACAUGGAAGAGAAUCCUGACAAAUUUCCCUGUGAAAUACGAAAUAAUAUCCGUGAUUAUUUCGUCAGAGAAAAGUUACUUGGCGACGAUAUAAGCAUCGAGGUGAAAAAAAUUGAAGAUAAAGAAGAGGCAGAUGCUCGUUCGAUUAAAAUGUUGGAAGAAAAUGGUGGAAAUCAAUCUGAUAUGAUAGAUUGUCUAAAAGACCUUGAAACUCAAGGUAAACGCAAAUAUGAAGGAAAACAUGGCGAAUUAAGAGAACGUACACCGCCACCUGAAGAAUUAUGUCCAGGAUUAAUAACAAAUCCUAAGGAAUCUGAUCCAAAUCAAGAUGCAAAAAAGCCUUCAGAAAAUGAAAGAAAAAAGGAAGUAACAUGGAAUGAUUAGGUAAAAUAAGAAAUCGUAUCAUUUUUGGAUUGGUAAUUACGUUUAACGCAAUUUUUGUUUUAAAUUCUUAUCAUCACUUAAAGUAGAUGUUUCAUACAUAACUUAAUGUUAUGUUAAAUGUAAUUACCACUUAGCACUUUUCUUGUAACUUCAGUUACAAGAUUUAUGAUUAAAAUUAAAUUCAAGAGUUCUGAUUCUUUGGAAAA